GGCAGGAGCUGCGCCCGGCUCCCGCUGCCGGAGGGGUGGGUCCGUGUCCUCCCCUCCCCCAGCCUUGGGGGCUCCGCGCGGACCCCGCUCCCGCCUGCUGCUGCUGCCGCUAUCGCUGCUCCUCCUCCUCCUCUCCUUCCUCCUCCUCCUCCUCUUCCUCCUCCUUCUCCUCCUCCUCCCCCCAGCCCUAGUCCCUGUCCCAGUCCUCCAGCUCCUGCUCCCCAGCAGGAAUUGCAUGGCCCCCGCGCCGCCGCUCCUGUCUCUGGGAUCGGCCGCCGCCACCACAGUCUUGUCCUGCUCCUGCUCCGCUUCCCACUCGGCUCCUCGCGCAGCUCCAGGAGUCGGCUCCCUCCGCACAGGGCGCUGCUCGGUGCCGCAAGGCUAGAGGCGCCCGCGGCUUGCCGGGCUCCAGAACUGGGCGCUGCGCGCCCCCCAUUCCCAGCUUUUCCCUCGCCUCGGCCCCCUAUCCUGCCGCAGCCCACCUCGCCGGAGGAGAGGGACACCCUCCUUCUCCCUUCAGCCCCCUCCUCCUCGCUGGGGUCACUAUGCCCAGCAAAACCAAGUACAACCUGGUGGACGAUGGUCACGACCUGCGGAUUCCCCUCCAUAACGAGGACGCCUUCCAGCAUGGCAUCUGCUUUGAGGCCAAGUAUAUUGGAAGCCUGGAUGUGCCGAGACCGAACAGCAGGGUGGAGAUUGUGGCUGCCAUGCGAAGGAUACGGUAUGAAUUCAAAGCCAAGAACAUCAAGAAGAAGAAAGUAAGCAUCAUGGUAUCAGUAGAUGGAGUAAAAGUGAUUCUGAAGAAAAAGAAGAAGCUUCUUUUAUUGCAGAAAAAGGAGUGGACCUGGGAUGAGAGCAAGAUGUUGGUGAUGCAAGACCCCAUCUACCGGAUAUUCUACGUCUCUCACGAUUCUCAGGAUCUAAAGAUCUUCAGCUACAUCGCCAGAGAUGGUUCCAGCAACAUCUUCAGGUGUAAUGUCUUUAAGUCCAAGAAGAAGAGUCAAGCUAUGCGGAUUGUCCGGACAGUGGGCCAAGCCUUUGAGGUGUGCCACAAGCUGAGCCUGCAGCACACACAGCAGAAUGCAGAUGGACAAGAGGAUGGAGAGAGUGAAAAGAACAGUGAUAACUCGGGGGAUCCAGCCCGCCAGCUGACUGGAGCUGAAAAGGCCUCCACAGCCACUGCAGAGGAGACUGACAUCGAUGCUGUGGAUAUCCCUCUCCCAGGGAGUGACAUCCUAGAAUUCAGCAGAGGGGUGACUGACCUUGAUGCAGUGGGGAAGGAAGGAGACUCCCUCACAGAAACCAAGGCCUCACUCCACCACCAGGAGAACAUUCUGACUGCCUCACCCAAGAUGCUGCUGCCCUCUUCAUCACAGCUGCCCAGCGUCGGGACCCCAUUGUCCACCCACCACCAGAUGCAACUCCUCCAACAGCUCCUGCAGCAGCAGCAGCAACAGACCCAAGUGGCCGUGGCCCAGGUUCACUUGCUGAAGGACCAGUUGGCUGCGGAGGCUGCGGCUCGACUGGAAGCCCAGGCCCGAGUCCACCAGCUCCUGCUGCAGAACAAGGAUAUGCUUCAGCACAUCUCCCUGCUGGUCAAACAAGUGCAGGAGCUUGAGCUCAAACUGUCAGGACACGAUGCCAUGGGUUCCCAAGACAGCUUGCUGGAAAUCACCUUUCGCUCUGGCGUCCUCCCUGUGCUCUGCGACCCCACGACCCCCAAACCCGAGGACCUCCACCUGCCCCCGCUAGGCCCCAGUUCGGCCGACUUCGCUCACUCAGUGGGCAGCCCCUUAGUUGACCAAAGCAUGUUUGAGAAUUCUAAUACAGCGCCCACACCAAAGCUGCAGCCCAGCCGUUCCUUCCCCCAUCUGUCCAAGUCUUCUGCUUCCAGCUCAACAGCCAUGGGUCCCCUGGAGCCCAGUGGGCCAGGGCUCCGAGUAGGCAGCAGCCAGCACCUCAAGAACCUGGGGAAGGCUGUGGGAGCCAAGGUAAAUGAUUUCUUGCGGAGGAAAGAGCCAGUGAACCUUGGGAACACUGCAGGAGUGAUGGAAAUCAACAAAAAUGCCGGAGCCACACUGUCUGCUCCAGAUGAGACUCCACCAGGGACGUGGCAAGAAGAAGAAAGGUCAGCUCUGUUGGAAGCAUUCCCCCGCCUUGAUCCACCUCCUCCUGUGACCAGGAAGCGCACUCCUCGGGCCCUGAAGAGCCCCCAAGACAUGCUGAUUUCACCCCAGCCUGUUGUGAGCAGCCUGGAAUAUGGGGCGGAGCUGUUGGCUGGGCCACCCCCAGAGCCAGCUUCCACGGUGCCCAGCCUAGGAGAGUUGGUCUCCGAUGACAGCCUGGGACCAGAGGGUUCCACGGAGAUGGUGCCAGGGAGCGAGACCCUGCCCAAUGGAGAGGGCCCCUUGUCAGUACCAGACCUCAUCCACAAGGACACUCAGAGUGAUUUCAAGCUGAGGACGACUGAGUGGAGAAGGGCCUCCUCCCCGAGCCUCACUGAAAAAAAUGGCCUCAAACUCAGUCUGGGUCCUAUUGGCCUGACUGAGUCCCAGGAAGAUGGCAGCCCUCCACCUCGGGCAAGGACCGCCAGCCUUGACAAUGAAGGACCUCACCCAGACCUACUGUCCUUCGAGUAGAUCUUCCAGCCCCUCUCCCCCUAAAGGAGCACCACGGUCCCUCCUCUAAAUUUGGGAAAAGACAUCCUUGCCUUCUUUUUCCACUGUCCAGGGAGGUCCUGUCUCAGACUCCCUCUCCCCCUUUUAACCACCACACUUGAAGACACUAUCAGGUUUCCAGGUUGAGGCCCUGCCUUAGCCCAGGAGCUCCCAGUCCUGAGUAGCCUCCUAGUAGUAGCUUUGCUUGUGUCUAGAUGAUUUUUCUCUCCUGGGGAGGGGGAAGGAAAGGGGAGGGUAACUCCUGUCACAUUGUAGUCCCCCUCACUUCCUUGGUGUCUCCCCAAUGCUAUUCCGUGCCCAUUUGUCCUCUGCUGCACCCACACACAGUUGGGCUGAUGAUGCAGGUCUGGUUUCACUUUGAUUUAUAAGUGAUACUUAAUAAAAAGUCCUGUUGAUGCUGGCAGUAACCCUCAGGAACAUGCUGGCCACACUUCAUUCUUCUGAUAAAUACACAAGCCCCCCGGGUGAUGAGACCAUCUUUAGAAUUCUGUCUCUGGAAUGCAGCUCUCUUCUCUGCUGGAGACUUGGGUUCCUCUCCUCCACUCCCCUCUGGUGAUGGGGUCUCCCAUUUCCUGCCUUGAUCUCCAUGGGCAGCCUGGGAAUUCCCUCAGGGCUCAAUCCAUCUUGGGAGAGGGGGUUCUCGCUGGACUGAAGCAAUCACGUCAAUGCAGGCAAUGAUUGGUUUGGCUUGAUGAUGGCUCUGCUUGCCUUGAAAGCCAUACAGAGCAGCCUGAGCCCCAGUGAGAAGGUAGCCUUAGGUGUGGAUCUAUGGUGAGCCCAUAAGUCCACUCUCUGCUCAUAAUCUCUGUUCUCUUUGUUCAAGUAGGAAGAGAAGGAAGCUGGGAAAGUUGUGUGCUAAGUUUGAGCAGCCUCUGAGCUGCCUGCCCUAUUCAGCAUACCACUCUUCACAAGGGACAGCAAAUCAUCAACUGAGGUCUUCCUGGGGUCCCAUAUUGAAGUAGGCCCUGAAAAUGCCCCUAACUAAAGUUGCUCGGUUUCUUCCUUUCUUCCUUCCCUGUGGGCCCUUCCAGCUUAGCCAGGAUGAUUAAUUGGAAACUUUAUCCCACCACCUACCCUUUAAGCUGUCCCCAUGAAGGAAGAUAGCACCUACCUCCCCAGGUGAAUGAAGGCAGAGCUGAGCUGGCCCUGGAGGGAAUGAGCUCUUUUUGAAUUCCUUUUUUGGUGAAGAGGUUUGGCAUCCAAGGAACUGACUUGAGGAGGUUCUGUGAUGGCCAAACCCUUUGAACUAUAUGUGUCCAAAGGUGGUAGAAAGAAUGGGGUUGGUUACUAGGACCAAGAACCAUGGAAGGAGUGUCAGGAGAGCUUUUCAGCACUUCUGGAAUUGGCCUCAUACUGAUAUGACAUGCCUGAAAGGAUAUGAACCUAGAGUUGGGUCUAAGUAAGUGUGUACACAUACAUUUUGAGAAUCAAAGGAGAGGGUACAGUAUGUGAAAGGAGGAUUGGAGUGAGAUAUGAGAGAGAUGGAAAGUCAUUAAUAGUGUGGUUUUAUCCCCUGCCAAACUACUUUUAACCAAGGAGAAGGUCCUAUGGCAAAUGCUGGCACCCCUAGAGUCCUGCUUUGUCCAUAGAAGGGUACCAGGCCUGCUCUUGUCUUCGCUCUGAUUCCUCAGGGCCUUUACCUCACACUUUCCACCUGCUUGCAGGACCCACCGAGGCUAUCCCUGGUUAUCCAGCUCCCCCUUCUGAGUUUAUAAUCCAUUGUUUGUUCCUGUUUUCCACCAGGAGCCUUGGGGUGCUGCCUUCCUGUGGCCAAGAGACUGUGUAAGGGGGUGAGCCCAAGCCAGGCAGCAUGCACAUCGAGAAGAGACCAGGCCUCCUUCAGGAGGAGGGCUUCAUUUCCUAGGGAGGGGCCUGGGUAGGAUUCACAUCCUGAGAGGAGGCAGCUUUCUGGGAACCUUCCAAGCUAGCCUAGUUCUCCCUCCUGUCUGUUCCUGUGCUGAGAUUCCUCUUCCCUCUACCUUUGCUUUUCAUCUGCCUCUACGGCUGACUUUCUAGAAGGAGUCGAGGGAUGGAUGAAGCCUUGUUCUUUGCUGCCCCCCAGGUGCCACCUCUCGCUUUAUAGGCACAGAGCUCUGGAAGUUUGGAAGCUAUUGGAUGCAUCCCUGAGGAGUGGGCUGCCUCUCAUUCUGUCUUUGCCACCAUCAGCAGUGAUCUCUCAUCACUCUCUCUGCCCUUCUACCCAAAUCAGGAUGGGCUUCCCCCAUUCCUGUAUAGACCUCAUCUCUAUCUCCUCAGAAGAGUGGUCCUGGACCUUCUAUUGGACAUUCGAGGCAUUGUGAUGGCUAUCGGAGAGUACCAGAGAGAAUCCAGACACCCAGAGCAUGGCCUUUUUUAGCCCCAAAGUGUCACAGGAAUGAGGUGUGACCAGACCACUAAGCAGAGCAGACCCUGGCAUGUGGUCUUCCUGAUGACUUGAGGUUUCCCAAGAUAACUCAGGGUUCUGUGUUUGUGGUAAGGAGACUGUAGAUCUGUACCUGAAGGGUGCUCUCAAGAUGAGCCUUGGCCCUCCAUGCCAGGAGCUAGGCUUGCAUUUCUGAGAAAUAAAGCAAUUUACCUCAGGUGAUCUCCCUGUCACCUUGGCCCUAUAUCUCUCCAGAGAUCAUGGUAGUACAGGCCAUGGAUACUGAUUUGGAUUCUUUUGGCAACUAUGCCCCUCACCUUUCAUCCAUUCCAAAGCUGUUGUCAUUAGCCACAGAGCGACUGCUCUGAUGUUCCCAGGUCUGGACCAGAGCCUAACCCACUUGGGGUUGGUUGGUCUUUGUCUUCAAUUGUCACUAAAGUCAUUACAGGGUUCCCACAUAAGUAUAUCCAUGGAAUUAAUGAAGCUAGGCUUCUCCAAUUUCUAUUCAGUCUCUCAGUGCUCUCUGUCCUCUCCCCACAUCUCCCUUGCAAAACAGGGUGUUCUAUCUACCUCACCAAGACCCUCAGAAGCUAAAGUCUGGGACCUGCAGGUUCUCUCUUGAAGGAUCAAUCAUGUCUAGUCUGAACAAUGACUUUAAAACUUCCAAUCAUGAAGAGAGACAUUUAGGCCAUGUUGCCUUGUCUACCCAAAUUACCAAAUGAUUUCCCGGACCCACCUCAGUCAUCCGCCAUCCAAGGAGUUAAGUUAAUGCAAGUCACUAAUGCAGCCAGUGGCCUCCUUUGGGCAGCUUUGGAAGCCCAACUUCUCAGGAAGGGAGGGUGAACUAGAGAGAAGGGGAAGGUUGGAAAGGGACAUCUCAACUCUCCAAAAGUGAAGAGAGAUAAGAGAUGGCUUAUUUUCUUUCUCCAUCACUCCCCUACACCCACUUUGGUCUGCAUAUCCAGAUAUAUAUGCCCUGGUCUGUAGAGACCAGAUGGAGAGCUUUCAAAAACCUGGAAACAUUUCUGACAUGAGAGCUUUUCCAAGCAUCACCUGUGUGACGUAGACCAUCAGAACUAGAAGGGUGUUGGAGCUCCUCUGGUCCCAUCCCUUUGUUUUGCAGAUGAGCAAAUGAGCCCAGAGAGAGGAAGGGGAGGUGGCAGAGCUAGUCAAUGGCAGAGCCAAGAUUGGAUUCCGGAGGGACUCCAAGACGGAGCAGUCUUUCCACUAUGACGCAUUGCACAGAUGGAAAUGUAUAUGUAUAUUGCUCAUGUGGAAGCAUAUGUAUAUGUGUUAUAUAUGUGGAUAUCUAGACAGACGUGUAUCCAGUCUUUUUAAUGAAUGGAGGUGGGUGGGAAUCUUUGGUUGGAUUCAGUUGUAGGGAGGAAGAAAAAUAUCAGAUUUAUUGUUUUUAUAGAGUCUAUAUUUUUAGGAAUUUUCUGUAGAAAGCAGCUGAUUGCACAAUAAAAGGGUUUGGUUGUUUUUUUCCUGACA